CCCGACUCCCGGGGUAGCUGAGGGUUUUCGUCGUUCCCUCGCCUCGUCCUCGCUCGCUCUCUCUCGAUAGAGUGACGUGAGAGCAAAAUGCUGGCGAGCGGCGCUCCUCCUCCUCCCCUUCUUCAGAAGGACCUCCUCUUCUCCUACUCUCUCCAAAGCCCUUUACUUCCUCCUCUGCUUUCUCCGACUCGGCGCCUCUUCGCCCUUCGCCGCCGAUGUGGCUGCUCCUUCGAACGCGCCGCUCGAGGGGAGAGGGAUGAGUCGCCGGUGGUGGCUGCAGCGUCCGGCCGCCACGGCUACGAGCGUAUCCCCAUGGAGACGGCCGGCGCUUACCGCCUGGUCGACAGAGAGACUGGGGAGAAGUUCAUCGUCUGGGGAGGGUCCGAUAACAACGACGAUGCCGACACCCCCAUCCCCUCCGCGGAGGUCCUCUCUUGGAAACCCCCUACCGCCGACGGUCGACAGGAAGGAGUUGAUGUGACAAUGCCUAUUGAUGAAACCGGCAAUAAGAAAGUUGCGCCUGCUGGUGGAUCUCGUAGAAGUUUCGGAAGGCUGAAGGCACAGAAGGUGAAGUCCUUGAUAAAGAAAACCUCCAAAAAUUAUAUGGAUGACUCUAAAAUUGGAAGUGUCACGUUUGUUGGAGAUUCACCGUCAAGUGAUACCAAUCGAACAGAUUCAUUUGGUUGUGGCAGAGCACAGGGUCUGAAGGAUUCAGAUUUGAAGGACAAUUCAGCAGUGAAUGAAGAGACUGAAGCCACAAAUUCUUUGCGCUUGAAUUCUAGAGAAGAUGAUUAUGCUUCAUUUCUAGACAGAUCUGUUCCAAGGAAUGCUUCCUUCAGGGGAUGGGGAGGUGCUGCUUCUAAUCGGGCUGGUACAGCUGUCCGGUCCAAGCAGCACAAGAAAAUGGCUACUAAUGCUGGAUUUUUUAGCAGGAAAUCUUUCAAAGAUGUUGGUUGCACUGAUGACAUGGUUGGUGCUUUGAGGGGACUGACGUUCCUUCGCCCAUCUCAUAUUCAGGCAAUGGCAUAUGGACCUAUUAUAGAAGGAAAGACUUGUAUUGUUGCUGAUCAGAGUGGAUCUGGUAAGACAUUGGCUUAUCUUGCUCCAACUAUACAAUGCUUAAGACAGGAAGAGAUACUAGGUCUUGGUAAAGCAUCAUCAAGGAGCCCAAGAGUGAUAAUAUUGGUGCCUACUGCUGAAUUGGCUUCACAGGUUCUUAGUAAUUGCCGGUCAAUAGCAAAAUAUGGUGUCCCAUUCAGAUCUAUGGUUGCAACAGGCGGCUUUCGACAGAAAACUCAGCUAGACAAUCUUAAUGAAGAAUCCGAUGUACUCAUUGCAACACCUGGCCGUUAUAUGUAUCUGCUACAAGAAGGCUUUCUGCAACUAACGAACCUUAGAUGUGUUGUCCUUGAUGAAGUGGACAUCCUAUUCAGAGAUGACGGAUUUGAACAUGUUCUUGAGAGCUUCAUCAGUUCUGCACCAGUGUCGGCACAAUAUCUUUUUGUUACUGCAACUCUUCCAGUUGAUAUCUAUAAUAAAGUGGUUGAAAUAUUUCCGGACUCUGAAGUAAUCAUGGGACCUGGCAUGCACCGUACAAGCUCCGGUCUCGAAGAGGUUCUUGUUGACUGCAGUGGUGCUGAAGGGGAGGAGAAGAAUCCAGAUACUGCUUUUCAAAAUAAGAAAUCUGCUCUUCUGCAGCUUUUAGAACUGCCAGUUCCUAAAACUAUUGUUUUCUGCAAUAAGAUUGAAACCUGCAGAAUGGUGGAGAAUGUAUUGAAUCGCUUUGAUAGGAAAGGAUCACAAAUCCAAGUCUUGCCAUUCCAUGCUGCCAUAGCACAGGAAAUACGCUUAUCAAACAUGAGAGAGUUUCUCAACUCACGUUCAAAAGAUUCAAAGUUUCUGAUCUGCACUGACAGGGCAUCACGAGGCAUAGACUUUGCAGGUGUGGACCAUGUGGUACUCUUCGACUUCCCUCGUGAUCCUAGCGAGUAUGUCCGCCGUGUCGGGAGGACAGCUCGUGGUGCCGGUGGCAAAGGCAAGGCCUACGUCUUUGUCGUAGGCAAGCAGGUCUCCUUGGCCAGGCGGAUAAUGGAAAGGAACAAGAAGGGCCAUCCAUUGCAUGAUCUACCUUGUGCGAGUUUGGCGCCAUAGCGAGACACAUCCAAGAGAAGCUCUCAAAUGUUGUAAGCAACACCCCCACCACUGAUCCUGACUUGCUGUACGAUUGGUUGAGGUAAUCUUUCUGGCAUCUUCUUUUAUCUCCUUAAAUUCCCAUAAAAUCUACUAUAUCAGUUUUAAAUAGCUAAUCCUUGAAUUCAGAAAACCCAACUUAAUUUCUAUCCGCUGGUUUUCGGAUUGGCGAACCACUAGCAAAUAAACCAAUCAAGUGGACAAACUCUUGUUACUUAUAAGAAGGUUGCUGAAAGUUCUCUUACGUGUGGAUUUA